AUGUCGUACUUUUUUCAGACUGAGCUUUUCCAGUCGCAGAAGAAGCCUCACAUCACGGGAACCAAGGUCCGUCGAAUAUAUGGCGACAAACUUGCGAAGAUCCACAUCCCCAUUCCGUGCCCAGACAACCCCCAAAAAUCGCUUGAAAUUCAAGAUGAAAUUGUCCGAAUUUUGGACAAAUUCGCCGAGCUGACAACCGAGCUGACAACCGAGCUGGCAGCCGAGCUGACAGCCCGCAAAAAACAAUACAACUACUACCGGGACGGAUUGUUGAGUUUUGAAGACGGGGCCGGCGAGUGGAAGACGGUGGGGGAUCUUGCAGAGAACCUGGACUCCUUGCGCAAGCCGAUCACGAGUGGUCUAAGAGAUCGAGGCAAUAUUCCAUACUAUGGUGCAUCAGGAGUUGUUGAUUACGUCAAGGACCACAUCUUUGACGGCGAUUUAUUGCUCGUCUCCGAAGAUGGCGCCAAUUUGUUGGCGCGAAAUACCCCAAUCGCAUUCAGCAUCAGUGGAAAGAGUUGGGUGAAUAACCAUGCUCAUGUACUGAAAUUUGAAACCUAUGCGGAGCGUAAGUACGUUGAGUAUUAUUUGAACAGUAUUGACCUAACUCCCUACAUCUCAGGGGCGGCUCAACCAAAGCUGAACAAGAAGAAUCUCGAAAGUAUUGGCAUCCCGAAUCCUUCACUUGAACAGAAGAUGCGGACCGUCGCCAUGCUCGACAAAUUUGAGGCUCUCACCAACUCUCUCACCGAAGGUUUGCCCCGCGAAAUCCAGUUGCGCCAAAAGCAAUACGAGCAUUACCGCAAUUUGCUGUUUAGCUUCCCCAAGUUGAAAGAGGCAGAGGCAUAG